GCAGUGUAAUUUUAUACAUUACUGAAUCAGUGCAGGAGAAACCUGGAGGGACAAAGCAUCAUCUCGUCUUUGGACUGCACUGUAAAAUCCUACAGCUCUCUCAUCCCGGCCAUGCUCUGAUAGAUUUCCCCAGUCUUUUUCUGAUUUUGGUGUGAAUGAUAGUGAUCUGAUGAUGGCUCUCGUUAUGGAACCUAUUAGCAAGUGGACCCCCAAGCAAGUAGUGGAUUGGAUGAAAGGCCUUGAUGACUGCCUCCAGCAAUACAUUAAAAAUUUUGAAAGGGAAAAAAUCAAUGGAGAACAGCUGUUGCACAUCACUCAUCAAGAACUUGAAGAACUGGGAGUCACUCGCAUUGGACACCAAGAAUUGAUUUUAGAAGCAGUUGAUCUGCUCUGUGCAUUGAACUAUGGUUUAGAGACAGAAAAUCUGAGAACACUCUCUCACAAGCUGAAUGCCUCAGCCAAAAAUCUUCAGAACUUUAUAACGGGUAGAAGGAGGAGUGGCCAUUAUGACGGCAGGGCCUCCAGACGACUGCCAAAUGAUUUUCUUACCUCUGUUGUUGACCUGAUUGGUGCUGCCAAGAACUUGCUAGCCUGGCUGGACAGGUCUCCAUUUGUCAGUGUGACAGAAUACUCACUGCUGAAAAACAAUAUUGUUCAACUGUGCCUGGAAUUAACAACCAUUGUGCAACAGGAUUGCACAGUAUACGAAACAGAAAAUAAAAUUCUUCAUGUGUGUAAAACUUUGUCUGGAAUCUGUGACCACAUCAUCUCUCUUUCAUCUGACUCUCUGGUGUCUCAGUCAGCACACCUUGAAGUAGUUCACCUUACUAGCAUUAUGCCCAGUGAGGGCUUGGGGAUGUAUAUCAAGUCAACAUACGAUGGGCUGCAUGUUAUCACUGGGACUACUGAAAAUUCUCCUGCAGACCAGUGUAAGAAGAUCCAUGCAGGGGAUGAGGUGAUCCAGGUCAAUCAUCAAACUGUGGUUGGCUGGCAGUUAAAGAACCUUGUAAAUGCAUUGCGGGAAGACCCAAAUGGAGUGAUCUUAACCUUGAAGAAACGUCCUCAAAACACCCUGGUUUCUGCUCCUGCACUUCUGAAGAAUGUGAGGUGGAAGCCUCUAGCACUUCAGCCUGUGAUUCCAACCAGUCCAACAAGCAGCUCCACAACUCCAACCAGCACAAUGGGCAUGUCCUCAAAAAUUGACAGCUCUGCUCUCCAGGACAUUUUCAUCCUCUCUCCCAUGUCAGGACUUUAUGGUCCAAGGGAUGAAAUUGGAAUAAUGUCUUGUGAUGACAUCAGCAAAUAUGGAAAGUCUGGAAUGAAAGGCUCCGAGUCACCUAGCUACUUUCUGGAGCAUGAAAGUGGGAAGUAUUACACAUUAAUUGAAGAUGAGGGCCAUCCAAUGGUCUCUGAGUAUGAGAGAGGCAGAACCACAGGAGUUCGGAGAAGAGAAAAGACACCAACUCAUGGUGACUUGAGGCCUGUUUCUAUGCCUACAGAGUUCAGCUGGAUCGGAGAGUCAAAAGAACCAAACAUGUACAAGAGAGGCAGUCGUGAUUCGGAGAAUUCACUCCUGCGAUACCUGAGUGAUGACAAGAUCUUGGUGAUCCAAGAAGAGCCUAUGACACAGAAAGACAACAAGAGAGACACAGGCCGCAGGUCAAGGAAAAAGGGCAAAAACACAAGUAGCCCGAACUAUCCAAUUAGCCCAUCUAUGUUGACAUCUACUGUUAGCGUUAGGCUGGAACCUGGGCAGCAAGAUGUCUUGAAUUUCUCACUAGCUGAAAGCAACACUGUUCCACUGUAUCACAGAGCAGGGGAGACCAUCGGUGGAGAUUCUGAAAGGUACGCUAGUUCUGCCAGUGACCGUCAAGGGAGCACAUCCAUGAGGAAGUCUUUCCACUACGCUUCCCUGAGGGUAAAAACCAAAAAAUGGUCAAAAGGGAGCUCUCUGACUAGUGGGAGCAGGAGACGGAUUUCCUGCAAAGACUUGGGCCAUGGAGAUUGUGAGGGCUGGCUGUGGAAGAAAAAAGAUGCCAAAGGAUACUUUACACAGAAAUGGAAAAAAUACUGGUUUAUUCUGAAGGAUUCUUCAUUGUACUGGUACACAAACCAGAAUGAUGAAAAAGCAGAAGGAUUCAUCAGUUUACCUGAGUUCAGGAUAGAUAGAGCCAUUGAAUGCAGAAGGAAACAUGCCUUCAAAGCAUGCCACCCAAAAAUUAAGAGCUUUUACUUUGCAACUGACUGUCUUGAAGAAAUGAAUAGAUGGAUGAACCGUCUGGGACUUGCAGCCAUUGGUUAUACACCUGACGACAAGGAUAGUCGGCCAGAUGAAGAUUACUGGAGUGAAAGCGACCAGGAUGAUAUUGAUGGCUCUUUAACCCUGAAACAGGAAGGUCCUUCAACACUAUGUGACACCUACCAUCGAACACCCUCAGUGAAUUCUUCAAGUCCAUUCCCUGAACUGAAACAUGGUCGACACUUUUCAAGCGAAUCUACCUACUCCUAUUCUUCUGCGGAGGAUUCCCGACAAGAUGCCACAGGAAGUACACACUCAUCAGGAUGCAGACCUCCCUAUCGAGAAAGGCGCUCAUGGCAGGACCUGAUAGAGACCCCUUUAACCAGUUCUGGCCUCCAUUUUCUUCAGACUGUUCCUCCUGACCCAGAAUAUGUGAGUGGCCGACCUGGAAUGUCACCAGAGAGGCGAAGACAGGCAACAUUACCAGUCCAAAGACAUCACAAUCAUGAACGAGAUGGACCUUUCCCUUUGGUGGAGUGGCAAAGGGGAUAUAGUUCACAUAACAGGCCCCAGAAGCAACGUAGUCAAAGCCUUCCACGAAACAGAGAUGUCAGGGGCAAAGGGCGUGUAAAGUCUUCAGGCAUAACAGAAGAGAAGCCUGAAGAGAAACUUCUUAUUAAAAAGCAAAAUAAUUUCUGUGAAGAAGAAAACAUAAAGGAAAUCAGGGAAAGUACAGAUGGUCUGCAAGAGCUGUACAAGUCUUUGGAACAAGCCAGCUUGUCAGCCUUUGGAGAGCAGCGUCCUUCUACCAAGCAGGAAUUCCGGAAGUCUUUUGUAAAGAGGUGCAAUGAUCCAAUUAUCAAUGAAAAACUUCAUCACAUCAGAGUUCUCAAGAGCACUUUAAAAGCAAAGGAAGGGGACCUGGUAACUAUCAACAAUCUUCUGGAUGAUCCCAACUUGACAUCAAAGAAGUUCAAAGAGUGGAAGCUAAAGAACUAUGAAUUUUUCCUGGACAUUUGUGAGUACAGCGCUGCUCUGAAACCUCAAAAUGGAGCCGCUGAACUUGUAACCCCUGCACCACUGCUGACACACACACAUUCAUUCAUUGAAACACAUGUCUGACAGGAGUAGCACCGUGAACCCUUGCUGGGUGCCAUGAGAAAUCCAAUAUGGCAAACACUGUAAUAUUUGUAAAUGUACUCAGCGGUAUUGUAAAUAACUUGGAUAAGAGAAUAGUGCCACAGGAUGCCUACUACAUUGCAUGAGAAAUAUUAUUCUGUUCUGAAUUACUUUGUUUGCUAUUAUCAACCAACAUGCUUAUCAAGUUCUGCAUUAGAAAGAAGCAGUGCAGGAGUGUUAUGGAAAAUAUAUACCAGUAUAUUUAUUUAAGGACUGUACUAAAGCUAAGCUUAUAGUAAUGAGUUCUUACAACCAUUUUAUAUAUUUAGAUAUAUAUUAUAUGUAAACAUAUCUACGUAUAUAAAAGGUAACAUAGUAGUUUAUAUUUAUUUUUUAAAAUACCCUAAAAUUCACCUUUUCACAAGUUUUUCUUGAAGGAAAUAUAUAAAAAAAAAUACACUGGCCACUCUUAGGGGUGCACAUUUUUUUCCAGCCUUUCCAAGCAGUGGUAGCUACCAUCUUUAUGAAAUUAGAGAAGACCAGAGUAAUAAAAAAAGUAAACUUAACCACUUUCGGGUGCCUUACAAUGUAUAGUGUAUAUAUCCAGCAAAUAGACUCUCCUUUGGCCCUAUGAGCAUACUGUACAUGCCACUUUGAUGUUGUGCUUAUUUUUAAAACAAUGAGCUUUCCUUUAAAAGGAGUGGCCAUAGGCACGCAAGCGUGGCACAGAAGAGGUUAAGACACAAGUAGAACAAAGCUGGUUGUUCACCGAUGCUGUCACUUGAACUGACUUUUCUAUCUACUUUGAAGUGUUUUGUGGAAAAAGAAAAACAUCUGCUUCUGAAGAUGGUAGCUAUGGCAGUUUUCAAAAUCGCACCACUGUGAAUUUAGUGCCACAAACCUGUGAGUCAUAAAAUUAUUAAAAUAUUGUUAUCUGAUGCUUCAAGACUGAGAAUUAAGUAAAAGAUUCUUGAACUGAUCAGUUGUUUGUAUAUCAGACUGUCAUAUAGAGCUGGGUAAAGAAUUCAUAUUGUUCAAAAUUAUUCACCAUAUAAUUCUUUAUCUGUAGAUACUUCAUGAACAAGUUAAUUGCAAGUGUUCAAUUCAGUAUUUGAAACUCAAUUUGUAUUAAUUAGUUUUAAAUGGAUGCAUAAAAUCACAUGGUUUCUUUCUGUUCUCUGCUUAGAAACUUGAAGAUUCAGGUUUUUGGAGUGAAUAUUUGCAUUUAUGAAAACAAAAUCUGCUUUCCAUAAAUAUUCUCAAAUACGCACUUAAAACUCAAGUUUCUGCAAACAUUCCUGCUAGUAAACUUAUUUAUUAGAAUAUUCUCAGAAAGCAAUUUCAUAUAUACAUUUGAAUAAAUAUUUGCAGAAAAAUGUAUUUGCCCAGUUCUAGUUUCACAGAGGGAAUCAAAGUGUAAAGUUCAAAUUAUUUGUUGUGAUAUGAAAUGGAAAAAGAUGGCUCUAGGAGAUAAAUUUACUUUAUAGAGACAAGAAUUUAUGGGGAGAGAGCAUCCUUUUGUUUGGUUCAUUUAUGAUACAGUACCUGAAAAAAAGGAAUGCUACUCAGACUUAUUUUUCUAUCACUAUUAUACCACCAUUUAUUUGAACCAUAGUGGACACAGUGGUAAAAAAAUUCACCCUGAAAUAAUUCCAGGAUAUAGUUAUAUUAGUAGAAGAAUAUUACUGACCUUUAUAUUGGGUUCUCGGCAUCACACCAGCUCUUGAAUCAUGAAAUCAUUGCACUACAGUUAUAAUUACAUUUGGAUAGAACAUACAAAAUAAGUGCAUAGCAAUUAAGUCCAUGCUUGGUCCCAUUCAGGUCAAUGGGCCCGUAAGCAUGGACUUAAAAGGGUAUGAUCUUGCUCCUGUUUAAAUUAAUGGCAAAAUUCCCAUUGUCUUCAGAGGAGCAGGAUUAAACCCUAAAUGCUCUGCUGAAUAGUGAUGGAUUUAAGCAUGCACUUAAAGUUAAUCCUGUGCCUAAGUGCUUUGCUGAAUUGCGGCAAUAAUGAAGGUGCAGGGAAUAGACAGAGAAAAACUUGCCAUCAUACAUUCACCAAAAUCAGAGUUGUGAUAUUCAUGCAAACAGUAAACACAAAUCUGAAUGUAUUUACUAUGUGAACAUUUUAAUUAGUGCACCACUGAAUAGAAAGAGCAUGAGAAGAGAGUUCUUAUCUUUCUAACUUUUGUUCAUAUCAGAUCUAUAAAUAUAGAUAUAAAUAUGUAUCUCACUAUUUUUUUAUUCCUGUCCUCCAUAUGGUGUGGGAGGAGUAUUAUGUAUUGAAAUAAGCAAUGGUGUAAGGUGGAAAAGCCACUUUGAAACUGUACUGCAUACUGUACGUGCAUUAACAAGAAGCUAUAGAUGGUCACAAAAUACUAAUUAAAUGGAUUGUGCUUUUGGUGUUCUUACUGAGAUUUUCUCAUCUGCAUUUUGGUUCAAACCCAAACCACAGUCUGUGCUUUUGUACUAAGAUUUUAAAACAAUGCUCAAGAGGGAUUCCAUUGUAUUGUAACCCAAAGAUCGGAAAAUGCCACUUGACUGGAGAACAUGUUAAAUGAAGUCUUUGGUAAACAUUCAAAAGUGAAGUUACACUCUUCUUCUCAAAUAUUAAUUGGAUAGAGCUAAAAUAGAAAGAAUAUUUUUUUUCUAGUGGAUAUGUGCCUCCAAAAAUAAACAAAAAUGGUAGCUAAAAAGACUGGAUCGCAACCUUCAUUUCUCAGAGGGUUUAGUAUAAUUAAAAGAAAAAUAAUCAAAGGUAUUUCUGAAAGCUAAUGAGUGGCUGAGAUUAGUCUGGGCUAUAAAACUAAUCCCUCCCAUGGCUAAGAGAUCACAACUUCUUUUGAUCAUAUUUUCUUUAAAAGCUUUCCUUGGCAUGAGUCUAUUCAUUUUGAAGUUCUAGUGAUAUGAGUCUGUAUUUUACUCUUGGAGAGCCACCCCCAUUAAGCUAAAAUGUGUUUUGGUUAUUCAGGAUAAAAAAAAGUGAGCUAAUAAGGAAAAUGAACUGUUUUUCCUUUUAGUAUACAUCGGACAGGUUUCUCAUGGCUGGGGUUGAGACAAACUGGGAGAUAGGUUUGGAGCAAAGCUUAGCCCCUAGAACAACAAAAAAAUUAUUUCUAAGUCUAAAACAGUAUUUUUAUUCUUUUAGCUUUUACAAAUAUCACUAACAUGUCAAUAGAGACAAAGUAUUUUCAGAAUAAUUUUGACAUAUUUACUUACAUGCAUACAAAAGUCUGUACAAUAAAUAAGAAUCGGUUAAAGCUGAUUUGCUAAGAAAAUGUCAACCAAUGUAUGCCUCUCAAUUUCUGUUUAAUAUUAGGAGAAGCAGAGUUUAACUUUCUAAACCAAACAAGACAAGACUUUCUGUAUUUAGGUUUAAAAAAAAACACUUGAGAAUAAAGAUGUGGAGUUCUUUAAGUUAAAACAAGAAAUUGUUUUAAAAAUGUGAAUUUUAUAUCCUACAUUUUAAAAAUAGCCUCCAUCUUUUCUCAUGGAUAAAAUAAAUGAAUAGGCUGGUUAAUCUAGACAUUUUGUUUGACAUAUGAGGUCAGAUAUUUGGCUCUGUUUCUGCCUAUUUUGCCUUCUCAGGCUGUGCAAGAAAGUCAAAAAGCUGCCCAAAAAGAGGCUGUUAGAGAUUUAUCUUGGCAUAGAAGAAUCUCGGAAGAAAACAAUAUAGACAGAUCUACUCCACCAGCUCUUGCUCCCAGUGUAAAAGGUGUCAUAAGGGCAGGGCUAGGGAACACAGCAUUUCAGUGAACCUUGUGGCAUAAUGGCACUGAGGCUGUUGAAAUUUGUGCUCAUAGUUGGCUUAGCUCCUAGCCAGCCGUGAGGUUCAGGGAAGACAAAAGAUGCCUUAGACUGAGCUAUGUGCCUCCCCACUGCUUCAGCUGUGCCAAGCUCUGCUCCAGUGCAAUGAAGUUUGGAGUCCAUAGUAUGUCUCAGAUGAAUAAAUAAAUCCAGCUUCCACAGUAUCCAUCUACAAAUACUGUUGUAGAUCUUAUAUAUUAUACAAAUGGUGCACAAACCUGCAUUAGCACAAAUUGUUUUGGGGUUUGUGGCCUGUAAGCCAAUUGGAAUGCAAGUUGUGAUCCAAAGAUUUAAUUUAUAAACAAUGGUCCUGAUCAUAUUUUCAUUGAAAUCAGUGGCAAAAUUUCCUGAUCCAAAUUUUCCCUAACAGCCAAUAUAGUCCUCCUGAAAUCAACAUGGUUGCACAUGAGUAAGGGCAGGAAUGGCGCUCCCUUGACUUCAGUGGUGGAGCAAAAUCAAGCCCAGAAUAAAUAUAUAAUAUUUAUUAGUUCAAUAGAAUUCCUGCCUGAAUACUCAGAUAAAUCCUGUAUUUUUAUUAUCUUCAACCACAUAAACAAAGUGUUUGGAUGUAUUUUAUUUAUUCAAAUGUCUUCAGAGUUAUUCAAACACUUUGAGCCUUUAUUCAGACUUUCUGCCAGUAAUAUUUUUAACCAAAGACGUCACUCAAUCAGCAUGGCUUUCCUGCAACUCCACAAACUUCAGUAAGUCUUUUUGUUGCUAGAUGCUCUUUUUGCAACUGAUUGUAUGCUUUUCACCAGCCACCCUCUUUUUUUAUUAUUGUUAUUCUUCCAUUUCCUCUAAAUACAGUCCUUUGAUGAUCCCAAUAUCUAUCUCAGUAGCAUUUCCUGAAGGGUUUGAGACAUUUUUUAUUUUGUCAUAUUAUCAAAUGAAAAUGUCCCUGAAUUCAUUCUAUUUAAUAAAAAGAAAUAAUCAAAGGAAAAGAGAAGCUCUAACAAGUUGCAGCAUCAGUAUUCUUUAUUAUCAUCAUGUGGCAGAGAUGCUGAGUCAGAUUCUAUCCCUUAUCCCAGUUCCUACAUGCAAAAGCAAAUACGGGCCAUAGCUGUCACACAAAGGGUGGACACAACAGUGUAGAGCUGUCAUCAUGGGUAUCAGAGGCAUUAUCUCCAUAGUGCAAUGAAGAUUCUGGGCUGUGACACAGCUGCUAGACAAGCCAUCAGGAGGCUGCUGUAAAUUAGAGUAGCGCUUGGCAGCUCUAAUUUGCUUUGGGGCCUGCACUGACCCCAAAGUAACCUGCAAUCCUGAGGGUUCAAAGAUGAUUUAAAGUCAUCUUUGCCCCACAUCCCCCUGGGCUGCACUUUCUCAAACACUGACAGGAGACUGUUUCUUUCUUUCUCUUUAGGAUUAAGAAUCAUCUUGCUCUCGUGCCAACUUUAUGGUCCUUCUUUCCCAAAUAGCCCGCCCAUAAGCAGCUCUUGGAUUAGGAUAGGUCUUAUUGCCACAAGGCAGCCCUGAUCAUUUGUUAUCAAAAGACUCAGGUGGCCACUGUGCCAAAAAGAGAAUUUUGAACUUGGAAUGUUGAUCAUCAGUCCAUUGUCAGAGCUGGGCCACUACCCAUUAAACUGGAAAACUGGUGCACCAUUUGUCUUUUCUUUUCUUUUCUUUUUUUUCUUUUUUCUUUUUCUUUUUCUUUUUUUUUUGAGCAGAGGUGACAAGAGAAGCAGGGGAGGGAAUAGCAUCCAUACAACUGAUGCAGGGAGUUCUCAGUUCUGAAGAACCUUAGAUGAAAACUUAACUUUACCCCAACUCUCCUCUUUAAUUAUAGUUUUCUAGGUCAAAGUAUUGCAGUUUGGGGAAGGGUACCAUUUGAAAGCUUUUACUAAGGAAGUUCUCCAGAAAUCUUGAGUCCUGACCAACCUCUCAUUGGAGUCAAUAGGUGUCUUACUAUUGACUUAAAGGGAAUUUAGACUGGACUGUUGAUAGCAUAGAGACUGGGAAUGUUUCAGUGGUGACAAAAGUGUUGACAUCAAAAUUAAGAUUCUGGCAGAAACUCCAUAUCAUGUGCCUACAGUACAUCUCUGAGGAACAUUAUUAAACUCCAAGGGCCAUUAAACUCAGAUCCAUUAAAUCUGCUUUUGUGCUUCUCCAGUGACACAAAGCACACUUAAGACCAUCUGAUCUGGGUCUCUGAGUACUAUCUCAACAUGCAAUCUCCUGCAAUCUUCCAGUGGCAUGAAGGAUGUGUAAAGCCCUCUCACUUAUCAACACAGUGCAUGUGCCUGUGAGAAAGGGUACAUAGCUGGGGCUUUCUUACAUCCUGGAAAACCCUGGCUGUCAGCCUCUUGGAGCUGUUGGAAGUCACUGUGAGAGCUGAAUGCCUAAAGUUUCAGUCAACAUUUAAUGGCUUUAGGGUCAGGGAGUCACAAAGAUGAGAAAGCAAUUUUUGCUCCCUUUAAACAUACUGGAUUUGUGCCAGAUGCCACUCAGCUGCUCCAGAGAAUCUGAGCCCAAAGGCUUAGCUGUCCCAUGACACAAGUGUCCCAGAAAGACCUGUGAGACUUGAGACUAUAUGAGGUCAAUUGACCAAUGGUAUAUGAAGUAUAAUUUAAUUUUCAGACUAAACACCAAUUUACUGAUGCAGGUAAAUCAGAAAACUGGGCUACUAUCAUGAACCCAAUCCUGAAAAGGGUCAGCAAGGAUACCAGGGAUCUGCCUGCAUGGUUUGUUCUGCAGGAUUGGGGACCUGUGCCUCUAAAAUGUCCGCCACAGCACACCACAAUUCAAACUGUGCAAAUGUUAGUGUAAUAUCUACAAGGGAGAACUUCCUAAAGUGGCAUUUAAUUGGCUUAAGUUUCAAAAUAUGGAAAUUAGGCAUUUGUAGGGAAGACAUAAGGGGUAUGGCCCAUGUCAACUGUGGCUGGCCCAUGUCAACUGACUUAGGCUUGUGAGGCUCAGGCUACAGGACUAUAAAAUUGCGGAGUAGACAUUCGGGCUCGAGCUGGAGCCCAGACUCUGGGACCCCACAAGAGGGGAAUGCAAAAACUGGAUAACAGUGGCGAUAGCAAUAUUAACUCAGCUCGAGAUAACUUGGGCAAGGUGCUGAGCACUCUGGCCUUGAUCUAUAAAAACAUUUAAGCAGGUGCUUAACUUUUAGCACAUGCGAAGUCCCACUGGAGUCAGUGGAACUACGCACUUGUGUAAGGUUUACCCUGUGGUUAAUCGCUAUGCUGGGGCCUUAGAUUUUUUGUGGACUGUUACUUUUAUGUGAGGAGAGGCAUUAUAGCUCCUUUUUGACCCAUCAGAUCUUAUUAAACUGCCUGCUUUUACUUCUUCAGAUUUUUCUCAUUAAACCUCAGCUGCGAAGAAGCUUUCAUAGGUGUCCUAGAUUUCUCUUUGCUUUUGUCUUUUAUCUCCUUUUCCACCCAAAUAAAUUUACAUACUGUAGUUUAGGCCCUGCAAAGAUGUUGUCUUAACACAUACCACUUAGUAUCUAAAUCUAAUCUCAGCCAUGUUAUCCAUUAGUGAAUGGAAAUUUGUUUUAUAUUUCUUAUUAUUUAAGUAACUGCUAUUGAAAUAUAAUAUUUUUAUGGUUGAUUUUUAAAAGAUUUUAUUUCCUUAGCUUCUUAUAAGCAGAACCAGUAUUUUAAUUAUGAUCAGCUCUAUUUAUUAAUGUAUAGGCAUCUGAUUCUCUAAUCUUAAUAUAACUAAUAGAUUAAACUUAUUUUCUACAUGUUACAAUUUAUGCCAUACUUCCAUAUUUGGAAGGAAGAUUAAAAUUAAUAUUGUUUAACUUUUGUCUGAUUUUGAGAUGGCUCAUAUACUACUGCAAUCUGGUGUUAAUGAAUAUGUUACACACCUCAUUAAAAAGAAUACUGACUAUAUUCACUCUAUUCAGAAAAUAUUUAUAGUCAUUCUUAAUACAGGCCAGUGCUGGAAUAAACAAAUUGAACUGUCUGUUUUUAUUAAAAUAUGUACGUGCACUGCACGCACUAAACGUGACAGCUGAGUACUGUACAGUGUGCAUUACAGCCACUCUAUAUGCAGUACUUGAUGUAAGUGCUGAUGUUAUAGGAGAGAGAAAAUAGGUAGAGAACUAUGUUACUUGACUGGAAAUGCCCAAUAAACUUCUGUCCCCAAGCUUCUAGAGUAUUAUACAGUCUGAGGCAUUUGUGGGGUCUCAGUUCAGCUGUUUUUACGUAUUGUAAAUGCAUCUGGCAGAAUGUUGCAAAUAACUUACAUUUCCGUAUUAUCUUGAGUCUCUCUUGCGUUUUGUCACUAGCAACUACAAAACACGUCUUAACCAACAAAUUCUGUUCACUGGUCAAAGUAACAGUGAGACCUGUUAUAAAUGCUAAAUUAGGCUUAGUAUCCAGUAAGGACUUCUGUUUCACCAAGAAAUUGAAGCAUUUCAGGCUAAGAAGCUAGGAAGAGAAAAGUAUAGACAAUAAGAGGGAGGCAGUAGUAUUAAGGAUCCUUUUGCAUUUGACACUGACGCUGUAUUAAUUACAAAGAAAAUAUCCUCGUAACACCAUUAAUUGCUGGGUCAUAGAUGACAUCUGUCUAGUUUACUAAAGUAGAUAUUAAAACUUGUACAAAUAGAGAGCCUAUUUUAGAUAAUGCUUAAAUGUAUGACACCCUUGUACUAUGGCUUGCACUUUACUUGCAUAUAAACUGUGAAGUAGGCUGUAGUAAUAAUGUCUUUGUAUAUUCAGGGGUUGAAAUACCAAAUCACUAGAGUAUUAUAAUGCUGGUGUUCAACCUGUACUGUUAAUCUAAUCUGAACAAGCUCACAAAGUGUAUUUUGAAAAUCCUGCUAACUUAUGAUCAUUAGCAAAUAAUGCUAUGGAGUCUCCAUGGUCUUUCUUUUGUAAAUACGAACAUUCUUACUAUUUCUGUAGCAAUAGGAGGUUAUAAACCAAACUUUCACUAGGACUGUUUUCAACAACAAAAAAUUCUAUAGCGCCUUGUAUAAAAAUCAUGGAGACUACAUGAUUUGUGGGCAUUUUUGUUUACAGACAAUGUAUAUAUAUGUAUUAGAGGCAGAACUGUUAUUUAUCACAAAGCUAUGUUGUGGUUGAUUAUUUCUAAAAGAAAAUGUAUGUUUUCUGUCAUAAAGAGAAAAAAAGUAUUUUAUGGGAGCCAUCCUGAAAAGAAGUUUGAAGAUUCAAAGCUUCAAAUACCAGUAUGUCCACAUUACAGAUGUUUCAGCCCCACCUGCUGUAUGUUUUCAUAAUUAGCUGUGAAAUAAAACUGAGAGGUGAUGAUAAAAUGUCUAUCUGAGCCAGGGAAGAAUCCUGGAUUGUGUUACAGUUUAUACAUGGUUGGAUAUUUUGAGACUGCAAUAUAAUAAUUACCAUCAUAUUUAUAUCUGAAGGUCCCUUUUGUGAGUAGACACCAUUUAGAUUCUGUAGUAGAUAAAGUCCUUCAGCUCAUUGAUGCUACAGAGAUAGAAAGUGAAUUACUCUGGACUCAUACAGUUAAAACUAAAUUUCAACCCCUGGAUAAUACAGUACUUUUCCCGUUUCCCAACAGUAUACUUAAUUUUAUACUUGUCCUAUGUUGGGAAGUGAUCCACUAAUUUAUAUAGGCUAUGAAUGUUAGUUUAUUUUUCUUUUCUCUUUUCAGAUUAGUUCUGUGUGAAUUAUUGUAAUUGGCUGCAUUUUUUCUAUCACAGGUUAUCUUUUUGUGUGUCUACAAUGAGAAUUUAUGAAUGGAAAAUUUCACUGUGUGUUGCUCACUGGGCAUAUACCUCAUGGUACAUUGCACAGACAUGUAAGUUGUAAGUUGCACUGCAACAUUAAAAAAGGAACAUAUUGCUCUUUUUUCAAAGAUAUUAACUUAUUUAAAAGAUAUAGUCUGUACAUUAUGAAAAGGACAUUUAUUCCUCCUAAAUUCAAAAGUAGCUUUUGUUUUGGGGGAAAUAAGUUGUAAAUUUCAGUUGUAAAUUUGGACUUCAAUAAACUGAAUUCU